UUAUUUUUACAGUUUGAAGGACCAGGAAGUGCUACGGUAUGAUAUGAAUAGGCAUAUAGGUUAUAUAUAGGGCCAUAUAGAAACACACCGUUGAAUACUGUACUCUGUAAAUCAAAGUUAAUAUUAUAUUGUCCAUUAUAUCGCGAUGUAUCAUCCGUGACGGCUGUUGGCAUAUUUUUCAGUCAGUGGUAUGAGGUGCUAUUGGAUUAUAGGUCUAGUCUAUCUGGUUUAAAGUUUCCUUAGGCCUAAGAUAAGCAUGUCUGUUGUGAAUGAGUAUUUUGACGCCCUGAAAAACGGGAAGAUAGGAGAAUUAGAAAAUUUAUUAACUAAGGCCAGUGAAAUUGGAUUGGAUGUAGACACCGUCGAUUCUAAUGGCUACAAUGCAUAUGUCGUAGCAAUAAACGAGGGUUUUGACAUUAUUAUAAAGGUUUUAUUGAGUUUUAAAGUCGAAGUGGGUGACGCUCUUCUAUAUGCUGUCGACAAUAAUUCAGUAGAAGCAGUUAAUGCGCUCUGUUCGUAUGCUGGUACACUCCCAGAAAGGGAUCGCCUGAAAAUCCUCGACUGUCGUUGUUCUACUGACGAGUUUCCUAAAAUUACAACACCUAUCAUCCAAGCUGCCCUUAAAAACAACUUCACAAUCGUAAAAAUCCUUUUUGAACAUGGAGUUCGAGUUCCGGACCCUGAAAAGGAUCUGGAGCGUUUUACAGCACCGCCCGGUACACUAGAACGGUCCAAGGAAAUGCUGAGCAUAUACCGGGCGCUAGCAAGUGAUGCUUACAUCUCAGGCUGCAGCGUCAAUCCAAUCCUGAAAUCCUUCUCUCUAACUGACAAACUGAGAAAUCUCAGCGAGAGGCUUGAAGAGUUUAAGUCCGAGUUCUCCGAGCUCGCACAUCAAGUACAGGAAUAUGCUGGUAAACUUCUUGAAAAAACUCGCGACACGGAAGAAAUAUUAACAGUGCUUACUUUUACUGAGGGGCAGACCGCGGAACCAAGCAUCUCAAGCCUAUCGCUGGUGGAAUACGCCAUAGCUUGUUCUCAGAAAGACUUCAUUGCGCAUCCCAAUUGUCAAAAGGCUGUUAUAAAUCAAUUCUUUCGCCACUUGAUUUUGUUGAGAGAAAAGUCGACACUACAGCAAAUCAUGGUACACUUGUUGAUUAUGUUUGCGUUUCCAUUCCUGUCAAUUGCGUUUCUAGUGUUCCCGACCAAACGUACUAUUCGAAUAUUACAAGUACCGGAUAUGGAUGACGUCGCUAUCAACAAUAGAAUACAGAAGCGUUCUUUGGAAGAAGCAGCGCUGCAAGACUCCGAGUUCCUGACCCACUCAAUUCCUAGUUUGAAGAACCACAUACUAUUGUCGCUCAAUGAUACAGAAAAUAACGUCAAUUCUAAUCUGGAAGACAACCUGGAUACAUUUCUUGUCGAUCUCAUGCAAGGAUUACAGUGUAUGACUCCUGACCAGGAGACGUCUGGCACAUGCACAGAGCCGAAGCCCGAUCGAUUGCACUUCGAUUCGAACAAUCCAACUUUGGUAAUGGAAUCUAUGUACGCACUUGCUGUAGUUCUGGCCGUUUUACGAAUGUCUUCAAUCGCCGUCAUCGUUGACUUCAUUGGACCACUUCAGAUUUCUCUGAGCGGCAUGGUUAUAGACAUCCUCAGCUUCGGUGUUAUAUUCUCGGUUGUUUGGCUAGCAUUUUCCAUCGGCAUGAAUCAAGUUCAACAUCCUUUCCAGGCUAUAGACUACGACAAUUGCAUUCGAUCUAUGGCAGACAAUUGCCAGCACGGAGCAUUUAGCUCGAUUGCGAAAUCUUUGGAAACAUUUUAUUGGACGCUUCUUGGAAAUGUUGGCUUCACCACAUCAUAUGUUGGAAAUGGACGUUUCGUUUUUAACGAAUGGAUAUCUAUUCUCUUCUUCGCGUUUUAUUUAAUUGUUGGUGUGAUUAUUCUUCUGAAUGCUCUGAUCGCUAUGAUGAGUAACACGUACUGCGCCGUAGAGGAAAAUGCAGAUACUGAAUGGAAGUUUUCAAGAACCGCUACAUGGAUGUCCUUCAUGAACCAAUCCAUUUCCCUUCCUCCCCCGUUCAAUAUAGUACCGUCACCGUGGAAGUACUGUCAAAAACUGAAGACACAUAAGCAAGGGGACAGCAGUGAACAGGAUAUGAUGAGAGAAUUGAAUUCGCGGAAUGCAGAAUAUUUUAAGAGAAAAUUUCAGAAUGUUAUUGACCAGCUUGUUGAUCGAUUUGUGCACGAAACAACCGCUGACGAAAACAGUGUUGAAGGCGGGAUCUCAAAAAAAGACAUCCAGAGUUUGAAGAAUGAGGUGGUCUCAUUCAGAUAUGAAUGUGGUAAUAUGUUGAAAAUUCUUAGUCGGGAAAUGGACGAAACGGUUAAACAAACCGGACUGACCAAAGACAAACUUAAAAUCACUCAAGACAUCAGUACUAACGCUACUGUCAUUUACAAGAAACUUUCAGAGCAGAAAACCAGUUUCAGUGAUAUACAUACAGAUCUUAGGAAUCUUAAUGAUCAAAGGCCUAAGCAAUCCCCACAACCAGCACCAAAACCAGAGGUCAAAUCUAAGGGCACCAAAGUGUCAAACAUGGCUAAUUACUUCGAACACGCUGAUGAAGUCGGUUUAAGCGAAGAUGCGAAAACUGUCUUCCAAUAGAUUAAUGCGAAGAUUUGCAUAUAUGAUCUGUGAUUUAACCGUCAGAAACAGGCUUUGUGAAUAACAACAUUAUAACGGUAUAGA